GGAAAAGAAGAAGAAAACGUGACAUGCGCCGAGGCAUCGAAAAAGAUUUCGUUCCGAAAACCUAACCUGCAUUCUCCCAUUCUUCCUUUUCUUGUAGUUUGCUGCAGUACUCGUUUCGUGUCAAACGACUUAAAAAUGCGUUACGUGGCUGCUUAUCUUUUGGCCGCUUUCGGCGGUAAAGCAAGUCCUAGUGCUGCAGAUGUCGAAAAAAUUUUGAGCUCUGUCGGUAUCGAAUGCGACCAAGAGAAGGUUAAGAAAGUUAUCAGCCAGCUCAAUGGAAAGAACAUUGAAGAAAUAAUCUCCCAAGGAAGGGAAAAGUUGGCCAGUGUACCCUCUGGUGGUGCUGUUGCCGCUCCUGCAGCAGCUGCUGCUGCUGCUGCCCCAGCUGCAGAAGAAAAGAAAGAAGAGAAAAAAGAAGAGAAGGCUGACUCUGAAUCCGAUGAUGACAUGGGCUUCGGUCUCUUCGACUAAGCUUGAAAACAUUAAAUUAAGAAUAAUGUUAUUAAGUUUUUAAAUAAAAAUCAAAGCCUAAAA